GUGCUGCGUGACGUCACCAACCGGAGCCGCGCACGCACCGCCCCCUUCUGCGCCUGACUGACUAGACGUGACCGAGCUGAACCGAGCGGUACCGGAGAGAGAGUGAGCAAGGAUGGCGGCGGACCAGAGGCAACGCUCCCUCUCCACCUCCGGGGAGUCACUGUACCACUCUCUAGGACUGGACAAAAAUUGCACAUCCGAUGACAUAAAAAGAUGUUACAGGAAGCUAGCGCUGAAAUAUCACCCGGACAAGAACCCGGAUAACCCAGAGGCGUCUGAGAAGUUCAAGGAGAUCAACAACGCACACGGUAUCCUGACAGACUGCACAAAGCGCAACAUCUAUGACAAGUACGGGUCCCUCGGCCUCUACGUGGCCGAGCAAUUCGGGGAGGAGAAUGUCAACACGUACUUUGUGCUGUCCAGCUGGUGGGCGAAGGCGCUCUUCAUGUUCUGUGGCCUGGUCACAGGCUGUUAUUGCUGCUGCUGUCUUUGUUGUUGCUGUAAUUGCUGCUGCGGGAAGUGUAAACCUCGGCCUCCGGAGGCGGAGGAUCCAGACUUCUAUGUGUCGCCCGAAGACCUGGAGGCACAGGUGCAAAACGACGAGCGGGAUACCUCUGAUAUCCCUGUGAUGGUACAGCCUAGCUCCGCCACCGAGACCACACAGCUCACCAGCGACUCCCACGCCAGCUACCGCACCGACCCAUUCAACUGAGCGUGUGUGGGGCCCCUGGUUCUAGGAUUAGAGAGGAGGGGGGGAGAACUGAUUCAACCCUACAACCCCCUGUGUAAACAUGGCCCCCCCUCCACCCCCUCCCCCCCAAACCCUUCAUCUGACCAGCUAUUAUCUCAUCCCCUCGCUGGGGAGACAGGCGCAUGCUCACCACUCACCCUCCUGCCCCACCCUCCAUGAUCAAAUCUUUUUAAUUUAUUUUUAUUUUUUGUUGAAGUCUAGUUUUUAAUGGGUAUAUUUUUGUAAUGGGGACCUGUUACUACUGCACCCCUCCCUUCUGUGUUUGACCCCCUCCGUUGUCUGGGAGCGCCAAUCCCGUGUACCAUAUUUCAGGUCGGCCUCGACGGGCUGCAAACUCGUCCUCGGUUUAAUCACUUCCUGUUUCAUCGGCUACUGGACGACCACCCCCUGAAGAAUUUUUACCUGUAUGUCACGUUGUAGUCUGCGUGUGUGAAGGAGUGUGAGUGUGUGUGUGGCCGGCAAAGCCAGUUCUGUAGUGCGCAAGACACGGGACGCUGGCUAGUCCGCCGAUUUUUCUCCUGGCGUGGAAAGGGGGUUCUAGAAAAUAAGUUUUUUGCUGCUGUAUGUACGUGAUACUUUUUAUGAAUCUCAUUGUUUAGUGAGGAACAUUCCUUAUAUGCAGCUUUUUUUAUUUUU